AUGGAUAUUGCUGUGUCUAUUAUAGAUAUUGCUGUGGAUAUUGUUCUGUUGCCUAUGACAACUAGUGGUAGUUCGAUAUCCAAACCUUGCCAGCUGACUUUAUCAGCAGUACGGGUACGUAGGCUGCUUCCCAAAUCGCCCCAUGAUAGCAAGGACCAACAUGCCCACAAGGGACACUCGAAGGAAGUUUGGCAAAAGUUCGUGAAGAGACCCGAAGAGGCGCUUCUGCAGUGCUUCCCUUCUCAGAACCAAGCGUUGAGGGUGAUGAUAUUCACUUCUCAGAACCAAGCGGUUUUGGAUAUUCUGUCGAACCAUUCCCAGGAUGAAGAGUACCUUGGCGAUCAGACGGAGGCUACUUGGGAUGAAGAUCCUGUUAUAAAGGCUGCCUUCGAAUGCUUCAAUGGCAGGUUUCACUCACUUCAUCACACCCAAUUUCGAACCAACUACUCAUUGUUCAUGCCAUUUUAUGACUACAUGUAUCGGACGAUGGAUAAAUCCUCGGAUACUCUGUAUGAAACCUCAUUGGAAAAAGGUGAAGACUCACCAGAUGUCGUCCAUUUGACGCAUCUAACAAAGCCUGACUCAAUUUAUCAGCUGCGGUUGGGAUUAGCCUCUGUGGCCUCCCACCCUUACGUGUCCAAAUGGUAUUUGAGGAUGCUCUGGCCUAUCACUUGGUGGUCUGCUGUUAUUACUUCCAUUUCUGGUCAAACUUUUGUUUUGGAGAGCAACAAAUUCAAAAACCUCAACUUACAAACAUGGUUGCUACCAAGAUACAUUGUACAAUACUUCCUGCCAUGGCAAAGAGAAGCAAUUAGCAGAUUGAUUGAAGAAUGCAUAUUAGAUGCUGAUAGAAAUGGAGUUAAGGUGGUGAGUCUAGGUCUUCUAAAUCAGGGGAAGAAGCUCAAUAAAAAUGGUGAAAUUUAUGUCCAAAGACAUCCUGAGCUGAAAACAAAGGUUGUAGAUGGAAGUAGUUUAGUGGUGGCUGUUGUAUUAAACAGCAUUCCGAAAGGAACGACCCAAGUGCUUCUAAGGGGCAAUCUUACUAAGGUUUCUUAUGCCAUUGCUAAAGCUUUAUGCCAAAAGGGAAUUCAGAUCUCUUUGAGGUUAUAA